AUGUCUGCCAACGAUAAUUUCAUCAAACAGAUCGUGGCAGUCCGGCGCAAGCCCGAUAUGACCCGGAAGGAGUUUCUGAAUCAUCGUUUCCAAGUCCCUGGGACGAUCUCCGAUGCACCGGAAGAUCCUGAUAUCAAGCCAGAGUGGAGUUCUCUGAUUCACCUUUUCGAUGGAGCCUUGGGUGGGCGGCCGGAUGCCUUGAAUGCCAAUCAGCCAUGGGUUGGCCGGGAUGAUAUCACCGAGCUGUACUUUUGGGACUGGGCGCAUCUCAAGAAUGUCUUCACUUCCGAGCACGUCAAGACGCACGUCAGGCCGGACGGGCUGAACUUCAGCGAUAUGGAAGCGCCACUUCCUAUCAUGGCCCGCGAAAAGUCGCUACCCCUCCGGACGACGAGAGACCUUGAUGAUGAGAACGGCCAAGUUCCCAAGGAAAUCGGUAUACAGCCCAAAGGAAUGGACUUGGCUGCCUACUUUGGCGGCUCGAGCAUGCCAACCUACCAUCUGGCUUACAAGAUCUUCCUCAACGAUCGCGCGUCAGUGACUGCCGUCCGCAAGGCGCAAAAGGCAUUCUAUGAGAACACGCAAGAUGAACUAAACCAGAGCGAGAGCUUUGUUGUGUUUGGGAUCGAAGGGCUGAUCAUGGAUAUUGGGGCCAACACCCGUUUUGACCCGAAACGCCAACCAGAAAUGCCAGAUCUUUAG